CUUUGGAAAUAUAAUAUGUUCGGAAUAAUUUUGAUUAUACUGAUUUUUCAGGAGUGUUUAUUAUCAAUUGAUUUUGUAAGAGGGCAAGAUGUGUACGAAGCAAUGUGUUUCUAUCCUAAAGAUGAAGGGAAUGGUAUUGACUCAAUAGGAAAUUUUUUUAUAAUGCGACUAUUGGACAAUGCAUGAAGUUCACCUACAAGGGAGCUGGAGGAAACGAUAAUAAUUUUGAUACAGAAGCAGAAUGUGAACAAACGUGUAUUUCAAGUGGCAGAUUCGAUAGAAGCAACUGCGAAAAACCUUUCGAGCUUGGUUAUUGCGGUGAUCAUACAUACUACUUCUUUAUUAGCAAUUUGACAACAUGUGAAAAAUGUCGCCCAGGAGAAUGUAGUAGAAAUGGAAAUAACUUCGAGAGUUUCCAAGAAUGCACAGCAAAAUGCGGGAAACCUCGAUUAUCUCCCAAAAAAUCUACCACAACACGUAAGUUCACGUUCUCUUUAGUUUAAUUGCAAUGGAUUCGGCUCUAUUUGUGCAUGCAUUGAUCUGCCGAAUAUUCAUCGAAACAUCCUGUCAACGAUUUGAAACAUUCAAAGUUAUUCAUUGCUAUUAAUCUUGUGUCCCA